AUGACUGCUGAUAGUUAUUCGCACGGGGAGCUUGCGGAAAAUGUGAGUGUUUCCGCCAGUGCGGCGGAAAAUGCGCUCGCAGGGUUUACCUCCGGGUCAAGCACGGUGCGAGACGACUCUACGGCGUCUCGCCGUGGAACCGCGAGCGACGCCUCGCGUCCACCACCUGUAACGCCCAUUACUGUACCCGAAGUGCUCGUUGCGUCCACUGCGCGCGGUGGUAAGAAGCUGCCCGCGCCAAACAGACAAGGUACUUUAGGUUCUGUGCCGCUGGAGGCCUUGCAUCCGGACCAGUCGAAGACCGUCGAUGGGAGGGAGGCUAACAGGUUUGACACGUCGAUUUCAGGGCCCGGGAUCUUAGAUGAGAUGACCGAGGAGGAGAAACAGGAAAUGAGGGACUUGGUCGAGAGGGACAAUGUCGAGAACCUUUUCCCCUGGAAAUACGUGCUUGGGUUCCACCCAUCGGGGAAAGGUUCACCUUCCAUGACAAACGAUUCCAGAGUGAUCAAGACUUACAUAUUAGAGAAUUUCUACAGCGACUGGUGGGUCAACAUCUCGCUGAUGUUGGGCACUUGCUUUUUCGCGUGGGUCUUUGCGUACAUGGGACUGUCGUGGUGGUCACUGGGACUGGUGUUCACCUGCGCGGCCUCUGUGUACAGCUUGGAGUACAGGCGGUUCAACAGAAAUAUCAGGGAUGACCUCAAGAGAGUUACCAUUGACGAGACCAUUUCCGGGAAAGUGGAGACAACCCAGUGGCUGAACUCGUUCCUGUCCAAAUUCUGGGUCAUCUACAUGCCCGUUUUGUCCGAACAAGUGAAAGAUAAGGCUAACCCUAUCCUAGCCGAAUCGGCUCCAGGGUACGGUAUCGAGGCUUUAAGUUUGGAAGAUUUUACCAUGGGAUCCAAGGCCCCAGCGAUUAGAGGCAUCAAAUCGUAUACUAAGAAGGGUAAAGACGUGGUGGAGAUGGACUGGUCCUUCGCGUUUACCCCGAACGACGUCUCAGAUAUGACACAAGUGGAAAUCGAAAACAAGGUCAACCCAAGGAUUUCUCUAGGGGUCACCCUGGGGAAAAGUAUCGUUUCCAAAACAUUGUCCGUACUUGUGGAAAAUAUCAACGUGGCAGGGAAAAUCCAUGUAUCCUUGAAGUUUGGCAAAGUGUUCCCCAACAUCAGAAUGGUAUCUGUCCAGUUGAUCGAACCACCACUAAUUGAUUUCGUUUUGAAACCACUAGGUGGGGACGCAUUGGGGCUUGACGUGAUGUCUUUCUUGCCUGGGCUGAAGUCCUUCGUUAAACGUAUGAUCGACUCCAUUGCAGGUCCCAUGUUAUACGCACCUAACCACCUUGACAUUGACGUCGAAGAAAUUAUGAGCGCAACGGCAAAUGAUGCGAACGGUGUAGUUGCUAUCACGUUGAGCUCAGCCAGCAACUUGGUCGGUUCUACAUUUAUCACAAAUACUGUCGAUCCGUACAUAGUUUUGAAAUUGGACAAACCGUUGCCGGGCUCAGACACUGAAGUUCGUACUUCAAUCAAAGAUGACAUCAAGAAUCCAAUUUGGAAUGAAACAAAAUACAUCCUGGUCAACUCAUUGGAUCAGAAAUUGACAAUGUCCUGUUUUGACUUCAACGACGUGAGAACCGAUCAAUUGAUAGGGACAGUGGAAUUUGACCUAAGUACGCUGUACCAAUCCCCAGCCAUCGAAAACACAUCGUCUGACUUGAGAGUAGGGUCCAAAAGAAAUGGGAGCUUGAACUAUUCGAUACAUUUUUUCCCUGCCCUUGAAAGCAAAAAAAGUAUUGAGGAGAGAAAACAGAAGGAAAAGGAAAAAAUGAGGAAAAAUGAGGAAAAAAAUGAGGAAAACAAAGAGGAUGGUGAGAAAAAGUCCGAAGAGGAAUACAUGGAUGAUGAUGAAAAUGAAGCUGAGCUUCCAGAGGACGAAUGUGAUUCUGGUAUACUCAAAUUCACUCUAGAAAAAAUCAAAAACCUACCUGUGGCAUCUGCCUUUAGCAACUCUUUGUCUCCAUCUGUUGAAUUAUAUCUGGAUUCAAAGUUGAUCAAAAAGUAUAGAACGCUGAAACGGAUUAACGAACCGGCAUGGAACGAGAGUAUCGAGUUUUUGGUUUUUUCCAAAGCAAACUCCAAAAUGACGUUAAUUGUCUACAAUGUUCGUUCUAAUGGGAAAAAUGAACUGUGCCGAUACACCGUCAACGUGGACGACUUUUUGAAUAUGUUAGAUGCCGGUCAAGAUACACUAAGUGCUUCACCAUCUGGGAAUAUUGGUAUUAUGGCGGCAUGGAAACCUGUUAAAUUGACAGGGGCUUAUAUCGGCAAGAGCUCAUCAUUAGAUCCUUUGGGGUGUUUGAGAAUUGACGUUGGCCAGGGUCAAGUCAUGUCAACGUUGAGCGGUAUUGGUGAUAUUGAUCCUUAUUUCACGGUGUCUAUCAACAAGCAUAUCAGAUAUAAGUCCAGACAUUAUUCUGACACUAUGGACCCCAAGUUCAACACAACAGUUUACCUCCCCAUUGUGUCUGAAAAUCAAGUACUGUCCAUUGCAAUGGCCGAUUAUCAAAGUGUCGGGGCCGAUAGAAGGAUUGGUUCUAUCACAAUGCCGUUGUCUAAGAUAAUUGAGAUGGACAAGAAAUCAUCAGAGUAUUCUUGUACGUCAAAAUUCGCAGGGGACAAGAAGAAAUUUAAUCUGCGUAACAAAAAUGGUGACACUAAAGAAGAUUACUUGGAGUUGGGUUUCAGCUUUAUUCCAACCAAAAAAGUGUUCUCUCCCGAUGAAUUGGAAAAAGUGAAGGAAAUGGAGAAAGAACUGAAGGAGAAAAAGGAAAAGUUUGAAAAGGAACAAGAGGAACUGAAGAAAGAGAUGCAAGUUACUCCUGCAGACUACCAUAUUGUGGAGAUCAAUGAUCCCUUCGAGGAACUUGAAUCCAAAAUUUCUAAGAAGGACAGGAUGUCACUGGACGAGUUCAUGAACCAUAAUUCCGGUGUACUAACCAUGCAUAUACUGAAGGGCUACCUAUCUUCAGCUUCCACCUACUUGAAUGUUUUAGUGGACAGUGUCCCAUAUCCACAAUUUGUCACUCCUAUUUACAACGGAAGCACACCCAUUGCAGAGACGAACAACAUUUUCGUAAGGGAUUUGAAAAACAGUAAACUGCUAUUUAGAGUGACCAGAAAACGUGUUCCCAAAAGAAGGGAAGAUGUUGUUGCUGAAUACUAUGUCAGCACUCUUUCACUACUGAAGAGCGGUUACAGUAAACCCACAAAAAUUCAAUUCAACGGCAAUACUUUGGACCUCAGAUUUAUGUACAACCCCACGAUUUACAAACUUCCUUCCAGCGAGGGUGUUUUGGACACAGGUAUUAUUACUAUGAAUCUGAUCGGUGGUAAUGAUUUGAUGCCGGCCGAUAGGAAUGGUAAAUCUGACCCAUUUGUCUACAUUUACGUCGACGGCGCAAAGGUAUACAAAUCUCAGAUCAUAAAGAAAACGCUAGAUCCUGUAUGGAACGAAAACGUUGAUAUCCCAGUUAUUUCCAAGUCUAGAAGUCAAAUCAGAAUCAAAGUGCUUGACUGGGAUCGGGCCGGUGCAAAUGAUUACCUGGGUGAAAUCGCGUUGAAUCUUCAUUCAAUCACUCAAAAUAAGAAACAGAGUUGGGAAGAACCACUGAACACCCAAGGUACCUUGAGGUUUGACACCAUUUUUGUACCUCAAUACAUCAAACCAGAUGUUGAGUGUCUUGAAAAAUCCAAGAUGAACAAUGCACCCAUGAAGGCCAUUGGCUCAGGUGCUAAUGCAGUUACCGGUACUGCGGGUGCCGUUGUUGGUGUUGCCGCCGGCGGUGUUAAAGCCGGUAGUAAGCUAUUCAAGCAUAUCGGGGGAGGUAGAUUGAGACGCUCAUCAGACAGAGGGGAAAGACCCGACGGAGAACCUACAUUCAACAACCCAUUUAGCAGACGCCGUUCUCGUGGCGGUAGCGUUGAAAGCAGCGCUGCAGUUACAGACACUCGCACUGAGAAUCAGAGUAUCGAUGAAGAAGUCAAUAAUAAUGACACUGAAUCGACAGAAAAUCGUCGCCUAGGAAAUCCAUUGAAGGCAUUACGGCGCUCCCUUUCUCAUAGUAGUGGAUCCCCAGGCGAUGUAGAGGGAGGAAGUGAGGAUGUGCGUACGAAGGGAUUUGCGAUUCCAAAUAUAAUUCCUCAUCACAACCAAACUGCUGGCGAUGCUACAUCUCAUGUCUCUGCAGUACCAUCGAGCAGCAGUACCCAAAGCUACAAGGGCAGAAUCUCCGUGUUGGCCGCCACCAACGUAGGGAAAUACGUACAGGUAGUCGUCUCAGUAGUCCAGAAGGGUACCUCCACUCCGGUGUUGAAGACCCAAACCAAGAAGGCUUCAAAGGAUGGUACAGCCUACUACCAGGCAGAAACUGCGCCCUUUGCUGCCUCGUCAAAUGCUACUCUAGAGUUUACCGCGAUCGAAUCGAGGAAACUAGCCAAGGACAAAAAAAUUGGGUCUGCAAAGAUUAGUUUAUCGAACCCACACCUGCACGGUGGCGAGAAGGCAGCUGUUGACAUCGCUCCAGGCCGUAUCAUCUUUCAAAUUGAUCAUGACGCAUCAUAA